UUUCACUUUACUGUAAACUAGACAAUCGUUUCUAGGAAACAAAACAGAAAGUCACUGCACUAGAAAUAUAAAAGGAGAUGCCUGGAACAGGUUUGGCAUCGCCAGAGAAAUGCAAACCUGACUCAAGACAGAUCAUGGGCUAUAUGACAAAAUAUUGCAUAUAGCCUACAGUAGGCUAGUUAAACAAUCCGGGGUAAAAGAAGAGGCAUCGUUUCUACCAUGGUUAAUCAACAAAGUGAGAAGCUGUUUGAAUAAUCUGGAGAGUGUGGGAUGGCUGAGAGUGUAUCAGCAAUGGAUAGCUCUGAUGAGGAGGAAUAUUAUGAUGUAUCAGAUUCCUUCCCUGACCCGUGCUGUGAGGAAGGAAAGAACACUCCAGCAGCACCAGAGUCGGACCAUGUUCCUCCACCAGGGGGAGUAACAGUUCUUAAUUCUGACCAGGAGACAGUUUCUCUUGGCUUUCCACCAACUGAAAACUCUGCUGGGUUUAGACUACAGUUAAAUUACUUCUGUGAAACACACAGAGGCUGUUUGACUGUUGAUGACUCCAGCCCUGUGAAGGUUGUUGGACUGGUUCCUGGCACUGAGUAUACCUUCAGCAUCAUAAGGAUUGCAGACAAUGGACAUCAAAGCAAAGCAACCUCGCUAUCUGUCUUCACAGAGCCCAGCCCUCCUGUGCAGAUUACAGUCGACCAGGUCAGCAGCGAGUCACUGUCUCUGCAUUGGGACCCCCCUGCUGGUGAAGUGGAGAGUUACAUUGUGACUUGUUGCAGUGAGGGAGACAGUGUGCAAGAGACAACUGACACAAACAAGAUGACAUUCAACAACCUGCAGCCAGGGGAGUGUUACUUUCUACAGGUUUCUACAAAACUUCGGAAUGGAAGUUUAAGCAGGCCAACUGUAACAUCUGCCAACACAAAGACACACCUAGAGAGCUUACUGGAGGAUCUGGGGUUGGAUCAACACUACAGAGAGAAGCUGUCCCUCAGCACAGUUCUAAGCAUUGACGAGAAGACCAUUACCGAUGAACCUGCCAAGUGUAAUUCAGAUCUUCCAUGGUAUUUUCUGAAGAAACUAAUGAUGGUUAAUGUGACAGCUAGGAAUGUGAAAUGUACAUCUGCAUGCGAGUCAAACUCUGGUGAUCACUUAGAUCUUGAUAAUCUUGACAAAAGUACACAUUCAGAUGACACACUGAAUCCCCUUGACAUUGUCACUGCUCUCUUCCUGUGCUCUGAUGGUUUUGUACAGCAGGAAAUGGCCCUCAAAAUGUCCAUGUGUCAGUUUUCCGUGCCUCUGUUGCUUCCCAACUGUGACACAAAGCAGUGCACACUCAUGCUUUGGGCCAUGAGAGACAUUGUUAAAAAGUACAGACCUCAGAAACUUUCAGAAUCCAGGGGAUUUAUUGAAGAGAGAAUUGUUGUCUCUGAACUUCCAAUGAUAUCUUUUGUUAGACUGGGUGAGUGCUCCUUGUCCAAGUCAAAGAUCCUCAAUGAGCUUCUGAGCAGUUCUCAGCAGUACCAUGACACCUUUGUUCACUCCAACAUGGAGUGUGGUGACAGUCCAAGGAGAAUAUCCAAUGGAUUGGUUGAAAUGACUUGGUACCUCCCUUGUGGGAACAAAAACAUGGAUGUCUUCAGCGAGCCAGUUGCUGUAGCUAACCUUCGUGGGGACAUUGCUACAUUUGAAACACAAUUUGCUUUCUUGUGUCAGACAUCUGCAGCAGUUUUUGUGUUCUUUGACGCUUUGAACUCUGAGUGUGAGCUGCUAACCAACCAAAACCACAAGGCCCAGAUCUUCUUGGUGGGUAACCGUCAAAGCAAAGAUUUCAAAUUAGAUGCUGUAAAAAAGGUAGCAACCAAGUUGGACUUGACUAAUAGCAACAUCCUUUUAAAGACUAAGGGCAUGAAUGAUGCAGACUUUGUCAAAGAUUUGCGGGAAAAAGUCAGCAAUGUAUUUGAAAACUCACAGAUGAAGAUGGGAAUUGAACAAAUGUCUGCCAUUGCCCAUGAACUGGGAAUCUGGAUUGAUGAAGACUCUCCAGACUGCCAGACAGCGAAGAAAAAUGCAGAUGCCAUCACAUCAGAAAUUCAAGACCUUCUUAAAUACAAAGAAGCUCAGCUUCCCUUGCAAGGCCAAAUAUGGAAGGACCUUACUUGCUUAGAGAAGGAAGAAUUCCGGCUUCGGAAAGUUGGGUCUGAAAAUAUAGAAAAGUACAAAAGUGAUCUUCAGUACAAAAAAAAACGUCUUCGGGAAAAACAGAACUCUCAGGACAUCUCAAAGGCAAUGACAUGUUUCAUCUAUGCAAUAUCAAGCCCAGGGAUAGAGAGGUGCUAUUUCCUGAAAUGGAUGCGAAUGAACCUCGAUAAUGUGUCUCGGAAAAAACUCUUUGACCUCAGGGAGCAGUACAAAGAAAAAUGCAAAAACCCUGAGAACAAAGAGGAGAUCAAGGAGAUUGACAAACAACUUUCCAACAGCUCAUUAGGGACUGAACACUUCUUCCGUGAAAUGGGGCAGAUUUAUGAAGCUUCCCUUUCCCUUCCUGAAACAGACCCAGCACGUCAACAACUACAGCAUCUCCCCAAGCUAUGUGCUGAGUUAAUGCUUGAUGGAUUUCCACUUGAGCUUGUAGAUGGAGAAGCAUCCAACAUACCUCUCAGAUGGGUGAGUGACGUUCUCUCUCAGCUCAAUGACUUGGUGUCUCCUAAGAACAAGAUCCUGGUAGUCACAGUUCUUGGAGUUCAGAGCACAGGAAAGUCCACUCUCCUCAACACCAUGUUUGGAGUGCAGUUUGCAGUCAGCAGUGGUCGAUGCACUCGAGGGGCCUUUAUGUUGCUGAUUAAAAUCAAUGAAGAUGCCAGAAAAGACUUCAACUGUGACUUCAUGGUGAUCAUUGACACUGAGGGCUUAAAGUCACCAGAGCUCGCACAACUGGACAAUAGCCACGAGCACGACAAUGAGCUUGCAACACUUGUUGUGGGGCUGAGUGAUAUCACCAUCAUCAAUGUUUCAAUGGAGAAUUCAACAGAAAUGAAGGACAUCCUACAGAUAGUUGUACACGCUUUCCUCAGGAUGAAAGAGGUGGGCAAAAAGCCCAAAUGUCAGUUUGUUCACCAGAAUGUGUCGGAUGUUUCAGCCCAUGACAAGAACAUGCGAGACAGGAAACUGCUCCUGCAACAGUUAAACGAGAUGACCCAGGCAGCAGCCAAAAUGGAAAAGAAAGAAGAGAACAUGAGCUUCACUGAUGUGAUGGAGUACAGCCCAGACACUGGAAACUGGUACAUUCCUGGACUCUGGAAUGGAAACCCACCGAUGGCACCAGUCAAUGCAGGCUACAGCGAGGCAGUCUAUGAGCUCAAGAAGAACAUCAUCCACAUUUUGGGAAGUUGUGGAUCGUCAGCUAAUAAUAUCUUGGAGUUUACAGAGUGGAUGAAGAGCCUGUGGACGGCAGUAAAACAUGAAAACUUCAUCUUCAGUUUCAGAAACAGUCUCGUGGCUGAUGCAUACAUGAGGCUGUGCACAGAAUUCAACAAAUGGGAAUGGGACUUCAAAAAAGAAAUGUACACAUGGGUUACAAAAGCUGAAACAAGACUCUCCAACUUCGGUACACCUGCUGAUAAAUCUGACAAAUCUGACAUGACAGAACUUCAUUUGCAUUUGAAAAGUGAAGUUUUGACUGAGCUGUCUAAAUGGGAAACAAAGCUUCUCGAAAAUUUGCACAAGUACUUCAAACAAACAGAGGGCCAUGUCUAUCUUGUUGAAGGAUACAGACAGGAGUUUGCAAACAGUGCAAAGAGCCUUCGACAAGAAAUGGAAAGCUCUGUGUUUAAUCAACUCAAAGCUGCAGCUGACAUCAGACAGGGAAUGACUGAACUUGAUAAAAUCAAGGAGAACCAUACAAAGGAGUUAGAGACCAGAGUUUGUGCAUUGAUUGAAGAAUGUAGGAAGAAAAACAUCAAGAUGAAAGAGAAAGAGCUGGACGAAGAAUUUGACAAGAUGUGGACUAAAACAGUGAAGGAACUUUCCUUUACAAAAAUGAAGGUUGAGGACAUUUUCACCAGUGUGUCUCACCACCUGAGAACAAAUCUAAAACAGAAGGGAAGUCAAGCGAAUGGUUUGUUGAGUAAAAAAACCCUGAAAGAGUAUGGACUGGUGCCUUUUAAAUAUAUAGCUGAAGGAUUUAUCAAGCGAUUUAAAAACCUAUUCAGUGCUCAAAGUCACACAAAAGCUGUACAACAAACAGCUGACAGCAUCAUUACAGAUUGCUCACAGAUGAUGACUGAAAAAAUUAAAAGAAAGAGCAAUUACCAUGAUACCUACAUUGAGGAGAUUCUAAACAUGAUUGAUGAGAGGCUGCAAAACAAUCACAAAGUUGGAACAGACAUCACGUUUGAAGUCUCUCUGAAACAGCACAUCUGUGGAGACGCAGCCAGAAGGUUCCAGAGAAUGCAUGAAGAUUUCAUCCAAAAGAAGGAUCCCUACAGAUGUCUGAACGAAAACAAAGGAAAGUUUCUUGCUGAUUUUAAAGACGUGUUCCAUAAUGUAGACCAGUGCCAGAAGAAGGCAGAAGAAUUCACAGACCGAUGCUUGAAGCCUGCAGUCGAACACUUCAUAAACCGCUCCCUGGGUCCUGAUAUCAUUGGUGAAAUGAGGACAAGUGAGGAGUUCAGCACAAGAAUAUCCUUCCAGUGUUCACUUUUACUGGAACUGCUCUCAAAGGGUGACUUUAAAAAGUACCAGAGCUAUAUUUGCUCCUAUGAGAAAUAUGUAAAGAAAUGGAUAUUCAACAAAAUAUUGAAACGCUUCUCAGAUGGGUCUACGAUGUUUGAGGAACAACAUCUCGAGUCAUGUGUCAACAGCAUAAAUAAUGCUAUCCAGAAAGCUAAAACAGAAAAGAGUGGCAACUUAAAGUCAUUUGUUGAAGUUGUCUGUCAGAAACUUGGUGACAAACUGGUCAUUUCCCAGGAUGCUCUUGGUGCAUUCAUGACCCUGAACAAGGCUGACCAGGAACAGUUUGCUCACUGGCUCACUAAGUGUGUGAAGGAGAUGGCACAAACUCUUAGAGAGAAGUUUAAGAAAACAAACAUCCAAACUAAACUACAGAGCCUUCAUGUGAAUCCUCAGAACGAGCUUUUCAACACACUGAUUGGAUGUGGUAAACAGUGUCCGUUCUGCGAAGCACCCUGUGAGGCAGGAGGAACAGCCCACACUGAGCACUUCACUUCACUUCAUCGACCAGAGGGUCUGGGUACAUACAGAUGGAGUGAUACAGAAAAACUUUGCAUUGACAUAUGCUCUUCCCUUGUGAACAGUGACAUUUCUUUUCUCUGCAGUGCUACAAAAGAUCAAUCGCACCCUUUCAAGCGCUACAAAGAAAUUUAUCCGGACUGGAAAAUCCAAGCAGAUCCAAGCCUCCAGGCAUCAGACUACUGGAAAUAUGUAAUGGCAAAGUUCAAUAAAGCGUUUGCAUUAACAUACGAUGCAAAGCCUGCUGAUAUUCCUGCAGCUUGGAAACUUAUCACACCUGAGCAAGCAGAGGCAAGCCUCAAAGAGUCAUUUCAUUCCAAAUGAGAAACUACAAGCUUUGUGCUCACAGAGGGUCCCGUCCUCCUCAUUACAGUCAUCAUCCUCUCAUGGACAUUUAGAUUACACUUGAUUUAUAUGAAGAGAAGCACACAAAGUAACAUGCUGUUUAUGAGAUGGCAAAGUUGACCAUAUAUUUCAACAACAACUUACAAGGAAUUUGUAAACGUUUCAGUUUGAUUAACAUACUUUAAAUCCUUAUUUUUUGGUUGUUAUUGUAGUAUCAAUUAAAGGUGGGGUAUGUAAUUUACUUCAGAAACACUUUUUGUUAUAU